AUGGACACUCCGGGAACACCAACGACGAGAUCCUAUCCAGCUCCUGGACUAUGGGCUAGGCGGCAGCAGUGUCUCCAGACGUGGGAUUGUUCGGCCCCCACCACUCUCCCAUCUGGGAGCGACAAGUUCAAACGCAGCGUAUCGAAUCCGUGUUCAGGUCAUUCAUUAAAUUUAGUCGGGGUUCAUGUUGUAGGGAGUUGUUCUGAAGCUUCCAAUUUUUUCGCUAUAGUACAAUCGGUGUACAAUUUUUUCUCGGCUUCAACGCAUCGUUGGGCAAUUCUCAAACGAUGUGCUCAAGAAAAAUCUUUGACUUUGAAAUCUUUUUCGACAACUAGAUGGUCGGCUCGCGCUGAUGCUGUUUCUGUUUUAAAUCAAUGCUUAUCCCAAAUAAUAAAAGCAUUGAAAGAAAUUGAGGAGAACAUUAGUGAAAAUCCUAUCGCAAGACAAGAAGCAAAAGGCAUCCGAAAUCAACUCGAAAGUCUCGAAUUCACUUUCAUGCUUUCUUUGUGGGAUUUUCUCCUCUCAAGAUUUAAUGCAGUUAAUCUUAGACUUCAAAAUGUGAAGAUUAGCAUUGAUGAAGUUGUGAAUCAGUAUGAAGCUCUCAUUAAAAUUGUUGACGAAACUCGGGAUCAGUUUGAUUAUUACGAAAUACGAGCAUUAAACAUGUCAGAAAUCAAGGAAUACCGUUCUGAAACACAGCGUCCAGGAAAGAGAAAACUCAAAGCUGAUGAGACACGAGACGGGGAACUAGAAUUGUCAGCGCGGGAUAAAUUUAGAGUUGAUGCAUUUAACGUUAUUCUAGAUGAGUUGUUGAGCGAGUUGAAUAGUAGAUGUGCAUCAUACACAGAAAUCAACGAAAAAUUUGCAGGAGGGUCCUUUUCGAAUCGUGUAACUUCGGAAAGUGGACCCACCCCGAAGGGGCCUGAAACGGAGAGUUGGGUUGCUUCAGGGUGGAAUGACGGGGACUGUGAAGUGCGAUUGAACGGAGGCUAG